CAGAAUGCGGGACUGGAAGAGAUCAGGAAGGACUAGAACCGGGGUCUGUAUAGAUGCCAGCGCUGCAGGCAGAGGAUUAACCCACUGCGCCACGGUGUCGCCACUCAUUUCUUUCUCUUAAAAUGAGUCUACAUUUAUAAUUAUUCCGACAUGUGCCCCAUGAUGAUUUUGCUGCUGCAUUCUUUGGCCUCACUGGACCGGGAUGGAGAUGUCCAGGCCCAUGUAGUGGUCAAGCUCUGCCGGCCUUCUCACUGAGUUCUGCCCCCUCGGCUCUGGCCCUGGCCUUCUCCCCAGCCACCUCUGACCCCCAGGGUGCAAGUGAAGAGGCAAGGGGGAAGGGCAGGACACUCCUGCUUGGUGCCCUCUGGUUGUUUGCACUGGGAAGCUAAGCUGACUCUUCCUUGGGGCCCACUCUGAGGGUCUCACUGAGAGCCUCACCUAUGGUCCAUCACUUAGACGUCCUUAGCCCUGGGUUUGCAGAUCCUUUAGCCCACGUCCCACAAGCUCACCACCCUGCAGAACACCCUGGACUGCUCCUAGACCAAAGGGAACACAGGUGCUAUGUGGCCUUCCACACCCAGCCUGGCUCCCGCUAGUCUCUCAGGGCCAUGCCACCAGGGCACACCAGCUUCUGGGCCAAGGCCUUGCAGGCCUACCAAGAAGGCUCUGCUUCUCAGCAGGGGGAGGGGAAGGAAAGGCAAAGUGCCAUAUGGUUCCUGGCAGCUCCCUCAAAGCGACUCUCCCUGCCAGGCAGCACCUUGCAGGGUAACCUCGCCCCUUUUCAGGCAUGGGGAAGGCUUCCUUUCACCUACAGUUUUGUUCUUGGCCUUUUGGCUCCUCUCGGCCCUGCAGAAGUGGGAUGUCAGAGACUUGGCAACUGCCAUCUUCACUAUGCCUGCCAGAGACCACCGAUGCUUCCCAAAGUGGUGGCUCCAGUUUAUACUGGGUGGGGGGGCAGGUGGGGGCAGGGAGAGCAGUGAGGCACUUUCCUCUAGUGCAGAAUUGGGGAGCAGGCAACACAAACUCAUUGAGUAUUUUUUGUUGACAAAAUUAACUACUUAGACGUGUGCAGCACAGUGGUGUUAAGUAUGUCCAUAAUAUGUGGCCACCAUCACAUCUAUCUAGUUUUUAAAAAAAUAGAUGUAGGGCCGGUGCUGUGCCGCAGCAGGUUAAAGCCCUGGCCUGAAGCGCCGGCAUCCCGUAUAGGCACUGGUUCAAGACCUGGCUGCUCCACUUCCGAUCUAGCUCUCUGCUGUGUCCUGGGAAAGCAGAGGAAGAUGGCCCAAGUCCUUGAGCCCCUGCACCCACUUGGGAGACCUGGAGGAAGCUCCUGGCUCCUGGCUUUGGAUUGGCACAGCUCCAGCCUUUGCGGCCAACUGGGGAGUGAACCAUAGCAUGGAAGACCUCUCUCUCUGCCUCUCCUCUCUCUGUGUAACACUUUCAAAUAAACAAAAUAAAUCUUUUUUAAAAAAUAGAUGUAUCUAUUUGAAAGGCAGGGGAGAGAGAGACCAUCACUCUGCUGAUUCGCUCCUCAGGUCUACAAUAGCCACGGGUGUCACAUGAAGCCAGGAGCCUGCAACUCCACCUGGUCACCCACAGGGGCCGGGGGAGGCUAAGGUAGCCAGGAGUCGACCCAACACUCCGAUAUGGGAAGUGGGCUUCCCAAGCGGUGGCUCACCCUGCUGUGCUACCACACUGCUGCUCUAUCUGGUUGUAAACCAUUUUCAUCGCCACAGAAGGAAACCCCACACCCGCCAGCGUCACCCCCAUCCCACCGCGCCCAGCCCUGGCUCUCAGGGUACUGUCUGUGCUGUGGGCUACUUGGGACGGUUCACGUAAAUGCAGGCACGCAGCAGGUGGCCCUUUGUGACUGGCUGCCUUCACUUAGCAGCGAUAUGGACAGACCCACAAAGCAUGACGCUGAACUUGCUUCUCUGUGGUCCCAGUCGCUGGCCCAGCUGUCGCCGUGGUGCCGAGUUGCAGGAGUUGGGGAUGUGUCCUGGGUGCAAAUCUUGCGGCCAUUCUGCAGCUUUUCUUCUCAUUUUGCUGACAGCGCCCUGGGAGGAAGCAAGGCUUUGCAUUCCGAUGAAGUCUGUCUGCUCUUUCUGUCAUCGCUCAUCCUCUAGGUGUGACGUCUGAGGAUGCACUGCCACGUUCAACAUCAGGAAGGCCUGGAAGGAUGCCGGGCUGCCGCUCUCCACCACAAGCAACGAAGCCUGCAAGCUGUUCGAUGCCACUCUGACCCAGUAUGUAACGUGGACCAAUGACAAGAGUCUUGGCGGCAUCGAGGGCUGCCUGGCGCGGCUCAGAGCAGCAGAUCCCAACUUCGCCAUGGGCCAUGCCAUCUCUGCCGGCCUCAGGCUGAUUGGCACUGGAAGCUCCAGGCAACUGGACAAAGAGCUGGAUCUGGCUGUGAAGACCAUGGUGGACGUGUCCAAAGCGCAGGCCCUGACACAGCGGGAGCAGCUGCACGUGUCUGCCGUGGAGACAUUUGCCAACGGGAACUUCCCGAAGGCCUGUGCCCUAUGGGAACAGAUUCUCCAGGACCACCCGACGGAUAUGUUGGCCCUAAAAUUCUCCCAUGAUGCCUAUUUUUACCUGGGCUACCAAGAUCAGAUGCGAGAUUCCGUUGCUCGAAUUUACCCCUUCUGGUCACCAGAUGUCCCCCUGAGCAGCUAUGUGAAAGGCAUCUAUUCUUUUGGACUGAUGGAAACCAACUUCUACGAUCGGGCGGAAAAGCUUGCCAAAGAGAGAGGCCAAGGCCACAAGGUCGGAGGUGAGCCAGAUUCUCUAAGGCCACCUGACCAGACAGGGGUCCUUGAAGCUGCCAAGACCAGAACCCAGCCUCCCUGUGACAAGGCUCUGUCUAUCACCCCGACGGAUGCGUGGUCAGUGCACACCAUUGCCCACGUCCACGAGAUGAGAGCAGAGGUCCAGCAGGGUCUGGAGUUCAUGCAGCACUCGGAGACGCACUGGAAGGACUCGGACAUGCUUGCCAGUCACAAUUACUGGCACUGGGCUUUAUUCCUGAUUGAAAAGGGCGACUACGAGGCGGCACUGACGAUCUACGACACCCAUAUCCUGCCCCGACUGCAGGCCAGCGGCACAAUGCUGGACAUGGUGGACACCUGCUCCAUGCUCUACCGCCUUCAGAUGGAAGGAGUGUCCCUGGGCCAGCGCUGGCAGGAUGUCCUGCCUGUAACCAAGAAGCACACGCGUGAUCACGUCCUGCUGUUCAAUGAUGUGCACUUCCUGAUGGCUUCGCUGGGUGCACGGGAUGCCCAGACCACGCAGGAGCUGCUGACCACCCUGCAGGAGGCCAGCGAGUCCCCGGGGGAGAACUGUCAGCACCUCCUGGCCCGAGACGUGGGGCUGCCCCUGUGCCAGGCCAUGGUGGAGGCUGAGGCCGGGAAUCCCGACCGCGCUCUCGACCUGCUUCUGCCCAUCCGCUACCGGAUCGUCCAGAUCGGAGGCAGCAAUGCCCAGAGAGACGUCUUCAACCAGAUACUGAUUCACGCGGCCCUGAACUGCACUUCCAGCAAGCACAAGAAUGUGGCACGGAGCCUUCUGAUGGAGCGGGACGCCCUGAAGCCCAACUCGCCCCUGACCGAGCGGCUCAUCCGCAAGGCCACCGCCGCGCACCUCAUGCAGUGAGCGCACCCGGCCGCCUCGGCCUGCAGGACCUCCGCAGGGGCUGGCCAGCCUCAGUCCAGCUGCCCUGCUGGGCUGAGCUUAGGAAACACCCGCUGUAAGCCAGCAGUUCUACAGGACACACAGAUCUCAAGUGUGAUUCAGAAUCUUAGGGCCAGCGCGCAUUGUGAAGCAGUCAGAACCAGUGGGUGCUUGUUCUACUCGCCUGCCACUAGGUUUCUUAGGGCUUGCUUUCGCUUCUGCUUCAGGGUUGCUCCAGCUUGGGAGGAAGGGCAGAGGUAGGGUGGGCUCAGCGGGGGAGGAGUCUCCCAAACACAGGUCCUGUCCACGGCCUCCUCCUACUCCCCCCACCUCUCCCUGAUUAGAGCUGAUUAAGCUCAUUCCUCUAUUGCAACUGUCAUCGGACACGGCUUCCCCGUCCUCGCAGAGUCCAGUGCUGUGAGGGCACGAGGGGCAACUCAGCGAAGCUCUGCUCUGGCACAAAGCAGAGCCCCACACGAGGCCGUGACAAGGCCUGAGCUGUCUCCUGAGUGCCACCUCCGGUCUCCUGCUUGCUGUCCACCCUGGCUGAUGUCCCCACGCGUGUGCUGAGCGGCCCUCCCGGAAGGGGACUCUGAGUGCCACGGUGGCCGUCAAGGUCCUUCAGUUCCCACUGACGUUAGGGAGCAGGUGCUGGGCAGGCAGAGGAAGCCUCCGAACCUAGUCGGCCCUCAUGGUUUGCUCAAGCUCAGGCAAAUUUCAAGAAUUAAAAUAAACUGGUUCCUUUGC